AUGAAUGCAGUUCAAAUGUUCAAUUUGGCAACACUGUUCUUUAUUUACAUCCUCAAAACACACGCACCCGGUAAACAUCAAAACAUUUAUUUCUUUCCUUUUUUGUGCACAUUUUACCAGCUUUUACUUUUUUACCCGUACCGUACAGGGAUCGGUUGCGAUACACAAAAAUAAUGGCAAGACCGAUUUCGUUCGUGACUGGAAAUGCAAAGAAACUCGAAGAAGUACGUGCCAUACUUGGAUCCUGUUUUCCACGGGAAAUUGUUGCUGUAAAGCUAGAUCUUCCGGAGCUGCAGGGUGACAUCGAUGACAUCUGUAAGCGCAAAUGCCUCGAAGCGGCUCGGCAAGUGAAGGGACCGGUAAUGGUGGAAGACACAUGUUUGUGCUUUAACGCUUUAAAAGGUCUUCCGGGUCCAUACAUCAAAUGGUUCCUCGACAAGCUGGGCCCGGAAGGGUUGCAUAAGCUUCUCGAUGGUUGGGAGGAUAAAACCGCACAAGCAGUAUGUACGUUCGCAUACACGGAUCAACCGGACGGCGAGGUGCUACUGUUCCAAGGCCGCACCGAUGGAGUCAUAGUAGAACCACGUGGUCCACGUGAUUUCGGAUGGGAUCCGGUCUUCCAGCCUACCGGAUAUGAUGAAACUUACGCUGAGCUACCAAAGACAAAAAAGAAUGAAAUCUCUCAUCGAUAUCGCGCGCUAGCAAAGCUGGCAGAUCAUUUCUCCAAAGAAAGCAAAUGAAGGUGUAAAUAAAAUGAUAAGCCCAAUGGCGAAAGGCCGUCGUAGAGUA